GAGAUCAUGAGAAAGCCCAAGGGCCUUUCAGGCGCGCUCUUUUCACUCAAACUCAUGGAACCAAAAAGGUAGCCGGGUGCGCCCAUGGCAGAUCAUGAGUUCUUUUUGUUCAUCGUCGUCACAGUUCCAACUUGAGCGUCAUCCAAUUCGCAUUGGUGUCUUGAGCCUCUUCAUUAAUUCACUUAUCAGUACUGGCUUUGAUUAGCUUACCUUCGGGAACAUAAAAGUGAUUGAACUUGUCGUUCAGUUCAUCACAAUGGCAUCUGAAGAAUUGGAAAUGAGUGACAUCUACGAGCCUCCCGAGGGUUUGAAGGCCUCGGCUCACAUCCAUGCGAUGCAAGAUUAUCGGAAUCGCUAUGCGGAGUCCAUUGGCGAUCCUGCCAAAUUCUGGGGCGAGAUCGCCAAAGGUUUUCAUUGGCAGACCACGCCCACAGCCGAUAAGUUCUUGACCUACAACUUUGAUAUUCGGAAGGGCCCGAUUGCCAUCAAAUGGAUGGAAGACGGAGUCACGAAUAUCUGCUACAAUUGCCUCGACCGUCACCUACCUCAAAAGGGUUCGCAAAUUGCUUUCUAUUGGGAGGGAAAUGAUUUGGAAGACGAAAAGACAAUCACUUACAGUGAACUUCACCGAGAGGUUUGCAAGUUUGCCAAUGUGCUCAAAAGAAACGGAGUCAAGAAGGGAGACUGUGUGGCUGUUUACAUGCCCAUGAUUCCGGAAUUGAUCAUAUCCAUGCUUGCUUGCUCUCGGAUUGGAGCAGUGCAUUCCAUCGUGUUUGGCGGAUACAGUGCCGAAUCCUUGGCUGCCCGCAUCAUCGAUGGAGGUAUUCGUACAUUAGUUACAGCUGAUGGCGUGUGGAGAGGCAACAAGCUUAUCCAUUCCUUGGAGGUGGUGGAUCAGGCCAUGGCCAUCGCCAAAAAGGCCGGUCAUCCCAUUGAAAAGAACGUGGUUGUUCGUCACUUGAUUCGUUUGCACCAUGGCAAUGGAUCUGCCUCUGAAAAGGAAGCUUAUGAGAAGAUUCUGGCCUCAUCUUGGAAUAAUGAACGGGAUUCCUGGUGGGAAGACGAGAUGAAAGAGGCUUCCGAACAAUGCGACGUUGAAUGGAUGCAAGCCGAAGACCCUUCAUUCAUUCUCUACACAUCAGGCUCAACAGGAAAGCCGAAAGGUGUUUUGCACACGGUGGCAGGAUAUAUGUUAUUCGCCGCGACCACAUUCAAAUUUACGUUUGAUUUCCGACCUGAUGAUGUGUAUUGGUGCACUGCAGACAUUGGUUGGAUCACGGGUCAUACGUAUGUUACGUAUGGCCCCUUGCUCAAUGGUGCCACCUCCGUUCUAUUCGAAGGAACUCCUUUCUAUCCGUCGAAUGACCGAUUCUGGCAAGUCAUUCAGAAGUACAAGGUGUCCAAAUUUUACACGGCACCCACGGCCAUUCGAGCCUUAAUGAAGUUUGGGGAGGACUUUGUAGACAAAUACGACUUGUCUUCGUUGAAAGUCCUCGGAACGGUGGGAGAACCCAUCAACCCUGAAGCAUGGCUCUGGUACCACAAGUAUGUUGGCAAUUCCAAAGCCGCCAUUGUGGAUACUUAUUGGCAGACGGAAACUGGCGGCCAUGUGCUUACGCCUCUGCCUGGAUGUACUCCAACCAAACCCGGCUCUGCUUGUUUCCCCUUCUUUGGCGUUAUUCCCGUGAUUCUUGAUGAGGAAGGCAAAGAGCUCGAAGGACCCGCCGAAGGGUACAUCGCGUUCAAGAAGCCUUGGCCAGGCAUUAUGCGCACGGUGUUUGGGGACCACAAGCGUUUUGAGCAAAUCUACUUCUCAAGAUUUCCAGGCUACUACAUGACCGGGGACGGGGCUAAACGUGAUGCCGACGGGUAUAUUUGGAUCACGGGUCGAAUUGAUGACAUGUUGAAUUGUUCAGGUCAUCUCAUGUCAACGGCUCAAGUUGAAUCAGCUCUUGUCGAGCACUCCAACGUGGUUGAAGCUGCCGUGGUUUCAUGUCCUCACCCAGUGAAAGGCGAAUGUCUGUAUUGCUACGUCACUCCCAUGGAAGGGGUCCAUAUUGAUGCCUCGAUGGCCAAGGAAUUGAGGAUCUUGGUUCGAGAGAAGAUUGCUCCUUUUGCCUCCCCCGACUACAUACAGGAGGCCAUUCAUUUGCCGAAAACUCGUUCGGGGAAGAUCAUGAGACGAAUCCUUCGGCAGAUUGCGGCCAACGACCCCGACUUAGGGGACACUUCCACCAUGGCUGAUUCGACCAUCAUUCCCAGCCUUCAAGAAGGACGCCGGAAAGUGGUUGAGAACCAUUAAAGACGUUCUUCUACCUUAUUUACCCUCUAUCUGCGAUUUAGCGUUCCAAAUUGCCAAGUCAAUGCCGCAAUGUUAUCAAAUACUACAUGAUUAACGAGAUUGCCCCGAGAUUCCUUGUUAGUUAUCGAUCGAUGUGCAUUUAAUAAAAAGACCUUUUUUCUCGUUCACAA